AUUUUCAAUUUGCUGUGGUAAACAACGUUAUGUACAUAAAAACACUUGCACCAUCAAACGUGUAUGAUACAAUAUACGUGUGCAUUCCCUGUAUUAUAUAAUAUAAUCCAUACAAAUACAUAAUGUUGAAAUUAGUCACGAUAAUGUGUUCCCCGAUGACAGUUAAAACAAUAGUUGUCGUCGCAUUGAUGUGGACGACUUUAUGCCGCUCUCCGGUGCACUGUUUCUUUUUAUCGAAUCCAUUUAACAAUGUGCAAAGUUUAUCAACGUUUACUACUCAACCAAUUACACUAAAAGUGCCCAAAGACCAAAUCAAUAAUUUAAAACAAGAGAUUCAAACAAAUCCGAUGUAUUUACAACAAUUACUUUCUCAAUCUGGCAGUCCAAAUGGAUUCGGACAGCCGGUUUCUCUAACGCCUAAUGCGGUAGGAGGAAAUAGAGGACUUACAACCUUACCAUCAUUAAAUUAUGGCUACCCGUCUGUUGGCCAAGGCCCUAUUACAGUAGCAUUGCCUAAAGUAACUACGGUUGGUGGUCAGAAAUACUUUUUGACUACAAGAGCGAAUUUGCUUUGGAAUAAAGGAGCUAAUUUUUUUAAAAAUUUAGCUUCAACGGUUGUGUCGCCUUUAUCAACUAAAUUGUCGCCAAUGAUUCAUGUCAAUAAUGACAAUGGAAUCAAUCAAGGAAAUGUGGGGAAAAUAAUUACAAAUAAAGAAAGAAUAACUGAAGAAGAUGAUGACGAUGGUGAUGAAGAGGAAGAAGAGAAAGAAGAAGAAGAAGAAGAAGAAGAAGAAGAAGAAGAAGAAGAAGAAGAAAUACAAAGUGCAAAAAAAUCUAGAAACAGAGGAAACAUUAGGAAAAAUAAUUAUAACCCUAGGAAGAAUAAAACUAAAAUUAAAAAUGACAGUAUUCCCGAAGAGAGUAGUGAGAGAGAAAACAGUGGCGACUACGAAGAGCAGUCGGAAGAAAAAAGUAAAAUAAAAAAAAAUAAUGGUAAAAAAAAAAAUGGUAGAAGUCCGAUAGAAAGACAUGACGGAGAUAGUGCUAGUGCUGGUGCUAGUGCUGGUGAUAGUGUUAGUGCAAGUUAUAGCGACAAUGCUAGCGAAUAAACUAAUAAUGAAAAUAAUAAGGUGCAUCAUUAAGACAAUAUUUAAAGUAAAAUUAUUCAGUGGCUUUCAAUCGAACGAAAUAGAGAGAAAUAAUGAUAUUUGAAAAAAUUGUAUCACAAAUAUUACAAACAAUAAUGUUAAUUAAAAAUUAUCGUGA